CUCCAUUCAAUAUGGAGAACAGAAGAUAGCCUGGCUCUUUCUGCAUUUCGCUGCUCUCUCACUCCGUUCUCGGUCACUUUCGCUUAUUUCGGACACAAGUUAUGAACUCCCCCCCCCACCGUAGAUUUCCGCCGACGGGACUCGCGCACGUACGUUUGACAGACAAUCCAAAUAACCGUUUGAUUGUGAACUGUUCCUAUAGCCUACUUAACGUCAGUUACAGCCGCACUGACGUAAACUGUUCCAACUGUAAAACUGUUGUAACACUUAACAAAACUACUGGUUUCCCUUAAAAAAAAACAACAACGCCGCCAUAUCAUCUACGCCCUCGACAUCCGGAGGAAGAUUUGAAUACUAAAUAGUUUCCGCGGAAACAAUUACGAAGUUGUGCCGAGCGGCGGGGUUACCGGGUGAAAGGUGACAUCAGUCUGUUGACUCGUAGAAUGCACAAUGCGGCGAGUGUGUCAGCCUCUCUGGGGUCCAUGGGACUGUUGCGUCUCUUCGGGGUGUCCUGGUCCUGGAGUCUGGCAGCGGGCCUCGGGGUUUAUCUGGGCACUAAAAGCUGGAAGUACUUCUACAUUGCAGCACGCACGGCCAAGAGAGACAUCAAUGGCCUCUAUGUGCUGUUGAGGGUGAAGAUGGCUUUGUGGCGCUACAUGCGCAACGGAAGCAACAUUCCUUCCAUAUUCGCCCAGACAGUGAAGAGAUACCCACAUAAACCAGCACUCAUCUAUGAGGCCACAGGGGAAACGUGGACGUUCACCCAGCUGGACGAGCUGUCUAACGCAGUGGCCCACUGGGCAAGAGGUCAGGGGUGGGUCUCGGGCGACGUGGUGGCCCUCUUCAUGGAAAGCAGGCCGCUGCAGGUGGCUCUUUGGCUGGGCUUGGCCAAGGUUGGGGUGGAAGCUGCGCUCAUCAACUUCAACCUCCGCCACGAUUCCCUCAUGCACUGCAUCGGGGUGUCGGACUCGCGCGCUAUUGUGUUCGGAGCGGAGCUUGCUGAUGCCAUGUUGGAGGUGAGCUCCUCCAACGCCCAGUCCAUGCUGCGGUUUAGCACAGGGGACAUCAGUGCAGAACAUCUGGCCCGACUGGGUGCUCAACCUCUGGACCCAAUUUUAGCGUCUUCACCUAGACAUCCCCCUUCACCUUGUGUUCCCCACAAAGGCAUGAACGACCGCCUAUUUUAUAUUUACACCUCCGGCACCACGGGACUGCCCAAGGCUGCCAUUGUGGUACACAGUCGCUACUACAGAAUUGCUGCUUUCGGGUACUUUGCCUUUCGCAUGAGUCCUGUUGACAUCAUCUAUGACUGCCUGCCUCUCUAUCACUCAGCAGGUAAUAUCAUGGGCGUCGGUCAAUGUCUGAUCCACGGCCUCACCGUGGUAGUGAAGAAGAAAUUCUCUGCCAGCCGCUUCUGGGAAGAUUGCAUUAAGUACAACUGCACUAUAGUGCAGUAUAUCGGGGAAAUCUGCCGCUACCUACUUUCUCAGCCGGUGCGGCCGUCAGAAAAAGGCCACAAAGUUCGGCUGGCAGUGGGGAACGGGUUGCGCCCCAGUGUGUGGGAGGCCUUCACGGAGCGCUUUAGGGUGAAGCAGAUCGGCGAGUUCUAUGGAGCGACCGAGUGCAACUGCAGCAUUGCCAACAUGGAUGGCAAGGUGGGAGCCUGUGGAUUCAACAGUCGCAUUCUCCCCAACGUGUACCCGAUCCGUCUGGUGAGGGUGGACGAGGACAGCAUGGAGCUGGUUCGUGACAGCCGGGGGCUCUGUGUGACUUGCCGCCCUGGGGAGCCAGGACUGCUGGUGGGUCGCAUCAACCAACAGGACCCGUUACGGCGUUUUGACGGCUACGCUAACCAGGACGCUACGAGGAAGAAGAUCGCUCACAAUGUCUUCAAGAAAAAUGAUUCAGCAUAUCUAUCAGGUGACGUGCUGGUGAUGGAUGAAUUGGGCUACAUGUACUUCCGUGACCGCAGUGGAGACACGUUCCGCUGGCGAGGAGAAAACGUCUCGACCACCGAGGUGGAAGGCGUGCUCAGCAGUCUCCUGGGUCAGACGGACGUGGCUGUGUAUGGCGCGGUGGUGCCAGGUGUGGAAGGUAAGGCAGGCAUGGCUGCCAUUGCAGACACCACGGGGAGUUUUGACUGCAACAGUUUCUUGCAGAAAGUCCAGCAAGCUCUUCCUUCGUAUGCCCGGCCCGUGUUCCUGCGAAUCUCCCCACAUGUGGACACCACAGGUACAUUUAAAAUCCAGAAAACCCGGCUGCAGAGGGAGGGAUACGACCCACGUCUCACCACAGACCAGAUCUACUUUUUGAACACUAGAGCUGCAUGUUAUGAGGCAGUCGACGAGGAGCUAUACAACGCUAUAGCGGAGGGAAGAAUGUCUCUAUGACAGGGAGGCUGUAGCAGGGCAGUCGCGGGGCCUCAGUUAAAGAGAUGCUGUAGAGAGGAUAACGUAUGCAAACGCCGGGGUCAGGAUCAGUCAGUGUUGGUGCACCACCUUGCCUGGAUUUUAACCUUACAGGGAACAGAGUGGAGAAGACUACUUACAUAGAAUUACACGGAGAAUUGUUACAGAUGCGGUUUUAACACUGUUUGAGUAACACACCAGGACAUAAUAAGAGGGUAUUUAUUCCCUUUAAUAACUUGUUUUAAAUUAUGAAAUGAACACCUCAAAAAGCCUUAGAGCAUCACCGCACAUAGAGUGGGUAUCUCCUGUUUUGAAAUAGGAUACCUGUUACAAUAAUGUGCUUAGGACAGAAAGGUGUAGCAUCAAGUCAAACUCUGUUACAGGUUAUAUUCCCAAUUAUGAAAUAUGUCGCAGGACAAUAAAAGUCUUUGUAGGUUUAGGCAAUACUUGUGAAGUGUGAAGCUAUGGAGUUACUGAUGUGUGGUUGGAUGAGGCGGGAAGACCAGACUUCAACAUGCACUACAUAUGGCUACUAGAUCAAACACUAACCGUAGUCUUUUUUUUUUUUUUUUUUUUUUUUUUUUUUUUAAUACAAUGGAAAACUAAUCUCACUUCUCACGUUUGAACAAAACCGGCACACUUUUGCAAACGCACAAAGGUUGUUACUGUAUGUGCCUUAUAUGAAACGUAUCAGAUAUGUUUCUAUGCUUUUCUUGGAGAGGAGCUCAAAAGAUUGUGAAAUCACUGUCGUGAUUUUGUAUCAUGAGGUGACUGUCAUCUUAUGUAACAAAUAUUAUCAGUGUAGUAAUAUAUUGGUGUUGGAGCUAUUUACAAUUUCAGAUCUCACAGACUACAUUUCUUAGUUGUAACUCAAAUUAAAUAUUUUAAAACAUG